UUCAUCUACCUUCACUAUCUACGUCUUCUGUUGUUGCUUUCGUUAAGAAGAAGAAAGAAUGGAGUUCCGUCGUGAAUCAAUGAUCACCCAAACCAACGUUUCACUCAAAAUCGCUAAACAUCUCUUCUCUAAACAACCCAACAACAACAUUGUGUUUUCACCUCUCUCGAUUCAAGUUAUUCUCAGCAUCAUCGCUGCUGGCUCUGAGGGUUCCACACAGCAACAACUUCUCGACUUCCUCCGCUUUAAAUCCAUCCAUCAACUCAACUCCGUCAUCUCUCGCCUCGUUUCCGUCAUCCUCAAAGACGCUGCUCCCUCCGGCGGGCCUUGCCUCUCUGUCGCCAAUGGUGUGUGGGUUGAGCAAACCCUUUCUCUUCAAACUUCCUUCCAAAAGAUUGUUUCUUCUGAUUUCCAAGCCAAGUUGGCUUCCGUUGAUUUCCAGAACAAGGCUGUUGAAGUGACCAAUGAAGUCAAUUCAUGGGUUGAAAAGGAGACAAAUGGCCUUAUUAAAGGAGUUAUUCAACCAGGGUCGGUCAACAGCUUAACCAGACUCAUCUUUGCAAAUGCACUGUACUUUAAAGGACUAUGGUAUCAGAAGUUUGAUGCUUCCAAAACGAAAGACUAUGAUUUUCACCUUCUCAAUGGUAGCUCACUCAAGGUUCCGUUUAUGAGCAGCAAAGAGGAUCAAUAUAUUGGUGCUUUUGAUGGUUUCAAAGUACUUUGUCUUCAUUAUAAACAAGGCCAAUAUGAUCGCCGAUUCUCUAUCUACUUUAUUCUUCCAGAUGCAAAAGAUGGACUCUCGGCUUUGGUUGAAAAGGUGGCUUCAGAAUCUGAGUUACUACACCGUAAGUUUAAUCUUUCUAAAGUCAAAGUUGGUGACUUCAGAAUUCCAAAGUUCAAUAUCUCAUUUGGGUUUGAAACUUCUGAUAUGCUGAAGGACCUAGGAGUGGUUUUACCUUUCUCUCCCGGAGGUUUGACUAAAAUGGUGGACUCACUUGCGGGUCAAGACCUGUUUGUUUCUAACAUAUUCCAAAAGUCUUUCAUCCAAGUAAACGAAGAAGGCACUGAAGCUGCUGCUGCAACCUAUGGUAUUAUGACAGCCAUGGGUAUAAGCCCUCCUCGACUAGACUUUGUAGCUGACCACCCAUUCUUAUUUCUAAUAAGAGAAGAUUUGACCGGCACAAUCCUCUUUGUUGGACAGGUGCUUAAUCCUUUUGCUGGGUAAUCAUGUUUGAGUGCCUUUGAUCUCUGAAAUUACUUUUUCCAUAUCAGUUUGCUAGUGUAAAAUAACAAAGCAAUUGUUUCUUCAAUCUUAUUAUGAUGUUUUGUUGUUUCAACAUGCUGCUUUAGGCGAGCUUAGCUAGUGGUUACUUAUAUCUUGGUGUUGGAUUGAUAACAUUUUCAACAAACAGUAGUUCCACUUUUUUGCUUGAUAGGUAACAGUUAUUGAUGUCCACUUUUAUUUAUUUUUUUCAAUGGAUUGUAUAAUAAAGAUUGCUCUUUAGUGAUCAAUUAUGAUACUGUAUAUGGUGACAUGGGAGAAAAUGGGAUCUGAAAGCAAAAGUACAGGAACAUAUGAAUGUUAUUGAGGUUGGAAGAUAGAUGUAAUGUAACUUGAAAACUUGUAUGGG